AGUGCUGCUGUUGCUUAGCUGACACACAUGUACGUCCUCCAAUCUGCGCCGCUUUGAGCCACACCGUUUCAUCUGGUGCUAUCAGGGUUGAUGAGAGCCUCUUGUCUUUCUCGGUCUGCUGCAGCUGCUGUGGUUUUUUCAAGAUGAUAUUCACAUGGAUGGUCAUGAUUGCUGUUGCGGUAGACUCUGCAAGCGGAGCAAUGAAUGGGGAUGUCCAGCAGCCAUGUGCUAAGAUCCACACAUCCAGUUUGGUGGUACCUCUGGGAUCACCUAUCACAGCCACCUGUGUUAUUAGACAAGACUGCUAUGAGUUGAAUGAAGAAGAUGUUCGUAUUGCGUGGUAUCUUGGCACAGAGCUUAUUCCCAGCAGCCUUGCAGUCAAUGAGAGCAACAUGGUUUCAAGGAUUGUUGUACCAAGCUUCAAUCACACCAGGGAGGAACUCAUCUGUGGCUUUCAGGAUCCUCGUCAAGAUCUUGCAGGGGUGGUGAUCCAAGCUGGAUAUCCACCAGAAAAACCAGAAAACCUGAGCUGUCAAUUAAUUAUCAAUGCUUUCAAUUCUCUCAUCUGCACAUGGGACCCUGGACAACUGAACACCUCCCUCCCUACAAAAUACACCCUGUAUACUGAAACAAGGGAUUUAAAUUCAAACAAUACUUAUGAAGUGCCACCAGACAUCCAUCAUGUUGUAAUUUCUCGUGCUGAUUUUGGCAUCUACAUGGCAAUAAAAAUCUACGUAAAGGCCGAGAAUGACCUCGGAGAGGCAACUUCAGCAGAAAUGGUUUUCAAACCGAUAAGUGUAGUUAAACUUGACCAGCCCAGUAUUGUAAAAAUUGGAGUGGUGCCUAAAAGGUUUGGUUGCCUACAACUGACAUGGAAAUUAUCCAAGCAACAGGCUUGGUUGCAUCACAACCCUUUCAACUUGGAUAUCCGACUGAAAACUGCUGACAGCAGCCAACCGAUCCUUGUGAGCUAUGUUAAAUCACCCAAAAAGGUGGAAUGUUGCUCUCUCCUUGAUGGGACUCAAUACUUGGCCCAAAUUAGAGUGCAAUGCGAGCAGAGCCCCUGGAGUGAGUGGAGCAGCAGCAAGUCCGGAGUCACCUUGGAGACCGCUCCAACUGGACCCUUAGACUCAUGGAUGAAGGUAUCAAAGAAUAAAGAAAACAAAAACCUCAACAUACAACUGUUCUGGAAGCCAUCAAAACUAUUCAGUGCAAAUGGGCGAAAUCUGUCCUAUGUUGUCUCACAACCAAAACUGCGCAGUAAAAGGAAGAUAAUGUGCUCUACAAGUGAGAAAUGCUGUGCUUUCCAACCUUCUAAGGGUGCAAGGAAAUUUUUUCUGAGCGCUGUGAACAGUGCGGGGAAAUCUCACCCCACUGAAAUCCGAAUUUACCAGCCUCAAGCUCAGAUGGCAAUUAUGGAUGUCACAGCUGUUCCUCAUGCUGACAGAUCAUUUCUGGUCCAGUGGACAGCUGAUAGCAAUUCAGAUCUCAUUGAUUAUGUGGUGGAAUGGAAACCUUUACUAAAUACAGACCUCUGCAAAAUUAAUUUUGAAAUUGUGAAUAAAAGCCAAUGCAGUCUCAUCAUCACUGGCAGCUUUGAGCCCUACAAGCCCUAUGGGAUCUCUGUAUAUCCCAGGUUUAAGGAUGGGAUCGGGCUUCCUCAGACUGUUAAUGCAUACUUGAGACAAGAGGCUCCAUCAGUGGUUCCUGAACUUAAAAUUAAACAGAACUGGAAUUCAGAUAUUGAGAUCUCCUGGGAGGAAAUCCCUUUAGAGCAAAGGAAUGGAUUUAUUAAGGGUUACAAAGUCUUCUACUGGGAAGAAAAUGGACCUGUUAAAGCUGUGAGCGCAGAUGCAGAAGACAGAAGGGUGAUCCUGAAGGACAUCAACCCUGUAUCUCUAUAUGAAGCUUUCAUGAUGGUUAGCACAUUUGGUGGAAGCCUGAAUGGGACAACAAUCAGGUUUAAAUUCACCUCAUCCGAUCAGGCUACUAUUGUGAUCAUUGCAACUGCAUCUGGAACUGGAUUGACAGUACUGAUCCUUUUGCCUCUACUGGCCUGCUUCUCUAAACACAAAACGAUGGAUCUGCGGUUAUGGCCAGUUGUUCCAGAUCCUGCCAACAGCAGCAUCAAGAGAUGGUCUUCAGAAUCAACCCAGUUUUCUCAUCCAUCCUGGGACAACAAUGAGCCAAAUCCAAUAUACUUGUCCCAUCUCAGCUUCCUGGACCUUACCACUAAACUCAGCAAAGAACAGGAUGAUAUUUGGUUAAACAGCAAAGAGGAAACCAGUGAUCUUCCAGAGUCUAUUUGUGGCUCAGUGUUCAUGCCUACAUAUUCAAGUUCAAACAGCGAGUCGGUUCAUUAUGCUACCAUGCUUCCUUCGUCUACAUGCAGCAGCCCGAAACCGAACGAGCCUGUCUAUCUGCGCUCUGAAUCCACGCAGCCCCUCCUGGAAGCUGAGGAGUCUUUGACUCCAAGACACUACCAAAAUGUUCCAUCUGAUGGGAUGCCAAAGGAGCAGUGCUUUUUUGGGCCUUGUGAUGAUGAUAUACCUGAAGAGCAGAACAACCAAGGCGUGAUUUGGGAUGAUUUUCCUUUCCUACGAGCUUUAGCCAUGAAUGAGAGGGAACAUAACUGAAGUUAAUGUGCUGGUCAUCAGAGUAUGCUUGCAAAAAUUUUGAUGCAUUUUAUGUCUCCCCCUUGUUGUGAUGACAAUGAGCACACCCCGCUUUACCAACAAGUCAGAUUUAAUGUACGUUUGUAAUUUUACUGUGGUGCUUUUUUUCAUUUAUAAAUAUACCUCAUUGUGCAUGCUGCUAGCAAACAAAACCACUGGUGCUUAGUCUGUGUCUUGAUAAAUGUAUAUUAUCAAGUUUACAAAAACUUUACCAUACAUGAUUGCAGGUUAGGGCAAGUAGCUAUGCUCUUGUAGCCGUUUCCAAUGUCUGAUGAUCAGCAUCUGUUGAAUUUGUUUCAAAUGAUUCUUUUCUUUUUGAACAGUGACUAGAAAAAAAAAUAGGCAUGCAUCUCACUUCACAUUUUAACUGGAGGGAAAAAAAAUUAAGUUUUUUACUGAUUAAAAUUCCAAAAUCAAUGUAUAUUCAAUAUUUGAAAAAGUGCAUUAUUUCUGUUUAUUUUAUUGGAUUUGCCAAACUCAAAACUUUGACAAUUGUAAUUUUGCAAAGGAAAAAAAAAGAGAGUUCAUGCAAAAGCAAAAAAA